AUGAAUUAGAUUAAAAACUUAUAAUAGAAUAUCAAUAUACAAGAGGCUAUUUCAACUAUUACAGAAUUUACCAUAAUCGGAGACAAAAAUAAUUAGGACCUAUUUGAGUAUGAAUUUCAAGAUUUGUUAGCUUGUUCAUUGAAGAGAAAGAUUCUAAAAAAAACAACCGAAGCAGAUAUUAUAAUCAAAAUAUUGUCAUCUGUUUCCAUGUUAUUUACUAAUAUCAAUAAUAACCUAAUUGUUCUCCUUUCCUUACCCUAAUUAAACGAAUUCAUCAUAUUCGAUUAUAAUUUGAAAAAGGAAGAGAUCCCAGAUUACUACAUCAAUUUUAUUAAAAUUAUCUCAAAUAAGCUAAAUGCUGGUAAUAUUUAAUUAUUCUUCAACUCUAAAUAUUGCUAGUUCCCAUUAUUGCUUUACUCAUAAAACUUCUACAAUUCACCAGAUAACUUAACACGAAUAUAUACAAGACAUUUGCUAUUACACAUUUUGUAAAUUACUUAGGAAUCAAAACUAAGUCCAAUCCUAGUAAAGUACUUGCAAUCUUAUCCCUUUUUAUAAGUUCUGGCAAAUCAUAUGCAAUUCAUGAGGGAAUUGUUUGCAAAAACCAAAGAAAAACAUGAUAAUUUUGAAGAAGAACUUGGUCUUAUGGAUCAUUUCUUUAAAGAUCUCUCUCAAAUAGUUCCUCAAUUGAAAUAAAUUUUAGAUAAUCUAAUAAUGCAGAUCAUAAUUUUACCGUAAUAUAAGGAAAUAACAAACAUAAAAGAUGAUUAGAAAACUUAAUGUUUUAACACCAUCUUGCACUUUUUAUAAAAUGAUAUUUAUGUUAGUGAAAGAUUGUAAGUUGGAAUAUUUUCAUUGAUUUUUUUGCACGAAAUACCAGAAUUUCAAAUAUUUGAAAUAGAAUUAAAUUAUUUACCAGUUUAGGAUCCUGAAAUAAGAGAAAUUUGCCUAAAUUUCUUUAAAAAUUCCUCAAACAUCUAAGAAUCACGCUUUAUGGUAUUGGAAAAAUUAAAUUAUACUUUAUCCUUAAUUCCAUAUUUAUCAAGUUAUUAUUCAAAGAGUAAUCCAAAAUACUUAUUAUUUGAAGAAUUAUUGAAAAAUGAUGUUGUUUCUAUUUUAUUAAUGUCUAACAAUCUUUAAUAUUAUAAAUAGUAGGUGUAUAAUUUAUAUAACAUUUAUACUUUUUUGGAUUGUUUGAAUGAAGGUCAUUAUUUAUAGGUUUUGGAUAUUAUGCUUGUUUUGAUAAUGAACAAACAUAUCUUUUAGAUGACUUCACUCCAAAAAGUGAGUUUUCUUAUUAAUUUAAUUAACAUUAUGAUAAAUGAAUCAGAGAACAAAAUAAAUACGAUUGAAAAUUGCAAGAAAAGUAUUUAAAUUGUAAAGGAACUAAUUUCAAAUUAUGAGAAGAGAUUUAUGAUUGCAUUUAUGAGAUGCAAUGUUUUAAAAAAAAUAGAAAUUCACUUUAUCAAUUCAGAAUCCCUUUAUUAUAAAUAUUUUUUUAAGAUUUAAUAAUGCGUAGAAGAUGAGAAUAUAGAAGUAUUUAAAAAAAAACCAGAAACACAUUAAAUAAUCAGAUUUUUUAUGUUUUUAAAUGUGAUUUUAGAAUAGGGGUGGCUAGCAAAUCCAUUUAAGAAGAUUAAUUAUAAUUUAACCUUUGAACCGAAGUCAUUUAAAAAUGGAUAGAUUAAACUAAUUAAUUGUUAAGCUAUAAUAGAAAAUAACACUUAUGAAUUAGAAGAAUUAGAAGUAAUGUAUGAUUAAGAGCAGAAAAAGGUGAUAAUUGUAAAUUUAAUUAAUGAAAAUGAAAAUUACAAGGUUGAAUUCGAGGAAGCAGUUGAAUAGGAAGAAUUUUUAGUAGAAUUCUAGAUGAGGCAAAAGUAUUAAGAAUAACACUUUGUUCCAGAAACUCUACGACAAUUGAAUAAAUUAUACUUAUGA